UGACCUCAUUGUGAAAUUCAGCAAUCAAGAUGGCUGCCUCCACAGAAGAAGUUACGAAACGGCCCGGUAAAAAACUUUAUGGUGACAAUUUUCACCAUUAUACAAGUUCUUCGUCGGUAUCCAACAUUGGGGAAAUGCCGAUAGAGCUUGCAGACUGGGAGCCGAUAAAUCCCAUCGGUUUCAGGGAGAAAUUCAAGAAGAAAGCCCUGGAGAAUCCGUUCGUUCCGAUCGGUGUCUUUGCUACAACAUGCGCACUCACCAUGGGACUUUACAGCUUCCGUAAGGGUCAAACACAGAGAUCACAAUUGAUGAUGCGGUUCCGUGUCGCAGCUCAAGCCUUCACCAUCGGGGCUGUACUAGUCGGCGUUGCUAUACAAUCUAGGAAGACAGAUAAACCGGAUACCUAGAAACAAUAAAGUGCAAUAAGAACUAAUCCAGUUUCCUUGGAUGACCCUUCACCGAUGUCGUGCAUAGAUGUUGCCGAGCAUCGAGGAUGUUGUUAUCCUUCAAGAUCACGUUUGAAUCCGGUGAAUUUGUGGUGAAAAUGCAUUUGCUUCACCUGCACUUUUGAUAGAGCAACUGGAUUUUCCCUCGCUCAAGGGCACUUCAAAUGAGGGAAUUUUAAGUUCCCAUCCCAUCCAAACUGAUGGUAUCCUGUGUGAAUAAAUGUUUAGACUCGAGUCAAAAUGACAAUCGAGUUAUUGAAUAUGAUCAGCAAAGACUGUUGAACUAUAAAUUGACAACAAUAGCACUAUCGAAACAAACCAAAUCAACAAAUAAACAAACACCUCAACAAACAAACAUAUAUUUCUGAUGUAGAUAACGCCAGCAUGUUACUUUGCCUGAAAACAUUCUGCUGCAAAGAAAAAACUCACAGAUUGCUUUAAUGGGUUGAGUGAAUGAAGUAUGCGCAUAGCUAAGUUAAUCUUGUGAAGUAAAGUUUUCUUUGCAAGAUUCAUAUAUACCUGAUUUAUUUUUGUUUAUAAUAUCAAACUUGUUAUGUCAGACUGAAUAUUUUGUUUAAUAGAACUAAAGCUCUGCAUCAUUCUUGAAUUAUGUUUCUGUUGAUCAGUUUGGUAGGACUGCAGUAGCUUUUUCUUAUAGGUUUAACGGCAGUGGACACUGUUGGUAAUUACUCAAAAUAAUUAUUAAGCAUAAAAUCUCACUUCUCAAAAACACUAC